AUGCCACCCGAUCGCACGCCCGGUGGUCCGACAACGCCGUCGUUCCUGCAUGCGAUCCAGUCCGGUGCCCCCUUGUCGUCGCACGGGGUCAGGCACGCUCCUUCGCUGCCGCGCGGAUCGUCGUGUACGACCUGUCGCUCGCGCAAGGUGCGCUGCGAUGCCGGUCGUCCCUGUUGUGGGGCAUGCAAGAAGAGUGCUAGUGCUCAUGGAGAGUGAGUGCUCCCGCGUAUCCCGACUACGUGUGAUUGGUGUGCUGCUGCCCCUUCCCCGGCAACGCGUAUCCGGGCGGAUCCUUGCAAGCGCCGUUCGGGGUUCAAAGGCCGAAAUCGCAAUCACUAAACUGACUCGUGCGUCACACGGGUUGUGUAGAGACUGGACCCAGAUCGAAUGCAACUACGCAGAGGGCGUUCGAAAGCCCAAGAAGACGAACAAGGUCGCUGAACUCGAGGCGAAACUAGGUCAGUGCACGAGCAACUCCAGGCUCUCUGCUCCCACACUUAGCCGGUGGAGUCUGGGGACGGCUGUGGCCCUGUCGCGCGCGGCGCGUAACUCGUGCUCCACGUCGGUGUUGACGUGAAGAGGUCACUCGCUGACAAGAUUUAUAUCAAUUCGGCUUCGAAUACGAAUUAGCUCGCUUGGAAGAGAAGCUGGAUCGGGGUCCAAGGUGAUUACCCGCUCCAACCAACCCUGCGAGUGCCCCCCGCUAAGCCUCGGAUUCUCCGAACACGUGUAGAUCCGCGGCCACUUCCCAUUCGCCGACCGAUGCUCCGGCUGCAGGUCCCUCUUCGAUGUUCAGGCGGGAUGAGACCUCACCGAUGGUGGAGGACCCUAUUCUGACGCAUGCCGACGUCGAUGUCGCCGCACCAUCCCAUGGGCGUCCCCAACCGGCCAGCAACGAUCAAUUCCGUGGUUCCGAGGUCCUCAGCCAGAAUAUGGCUUCUUCCUCUUCGACGACCUACGAACAAUUGACAGCACAGCUUGAGAACAGCAACCAGAAUGGCGGUCGCUACAACCAUGGCAUGGCGUCGAUCUCCGACAUGAACAACGACACUUCGGCCUCAUUUGACGGAGGUGACCGCGAUCAACUCGGCGUAGCGCCUUCGAUCACGAGCGCAGAAGAUCCUCUCGCCGAGUACGGAUUUCGCCAGAACAUUCCAACUCAGCCUCCGACGUUCCCGGGACUCCCAUCCUCGUUCCCACGGUCCCGUAUCACGGUCCUCACACCCCUCGGCUGGCCGCCGGCCCUACCUUCGCCUCCUCUCUUGCACCGACUCAUCGACGUCUUCUUCUCCAAGUCUCAUCUUGCCACGGACCUCAUCGUCGAAGGCAAGUUCCGAGCCGCUCUUGCGCUUCCACCUGCGCACCCCAAGUUCCCUCUACCAGCACUGCUCCACGGCAUGCUGGCGAUUUCGGGUCGGAUGGUCAGCUCGGACUGGUUCGCCGACGAGCCCAAACAAUGGGGCAUUAGGGAUCCCGACGAGUCUUUCGCAGACUGGCACGCGGCCAAAGCCGACAGUCUCAUCGACGAAGCCUUCUCGAAAGCAUCGAAUCAACGGAUACGAGUCGCGCAAGCCGCUGGACUCGUCUGCUUCUCGUUCUACACGGCGGGCAAAUUCGCCAAAGUCUGGCUACAGGUCGCGCGGUUGACGAGGAUCAUCGUUGGUCUCGGACUGAACCAUGUCAGGGCCGCGACUAGGGGCAAAGACGGCGUGCUGAGGGACCGAAGUCUGCACAUGAAGCAAUCGGUGCUGCCGCCGACUGAUGACCCCGAAGACUUGUACGAGAGGGCGACGGCGUGUCAGAUGGCCUUUUUGGCAGACAAGAUCGCGACGGCGAGUACCGCCUGGGCUUGCAGUCUCGAUGAAGGUAAGGUCUAUCCAGAUAGCAGUUGCCCGUGCCAGAGCUGAUGUGCAAAUCGGCUGCGUGUCUGGCAGCCGACAUCACGACCUUGAUCCCGCCUCCACAUGGCGUGUCCUAUCCGGCCAAGGACCUCGACACGAGUCCGCUGUCGAGCUGGAACGCCAACUUCUUCGUGGACCACCCUCCUGGACUGGUCGGUGUCUUCCAAAUCUAUCUCAAGUGCACCUAUCUACUCGGUCGUGUAACGACGUUCCUCAGUCGUGCGCCGUACCCGAUCGGCAUGAGCCUGGCUCGCAUGAAGACGGAUGGCUCAAAACUGACCGUCUCGGAUAUCAGAAACUCGUAAGUGAGCAGGAAAUGCACGAGUUGGGAUAUGGGACUUAUGCUUUGUUCUUCCUCGCUUUUAGAGAAACGUUCCGCCGACUAGAGGCGACCAUCCGACAGUUCCAACAAUCGGUCCCGCGUGAGAUCCAAAACAUCUACACCUCGCCCAACGCCGACAGUCGCCUCGCGCUCAUCUUUGCCAUCCCGCACGUCUGCCUCAUCAUGCUGCAUGAGCCGUUCGUGAUGCUCGUUGAAGGCGACGACAGCUUUGCCAAAUGCAUCACGAGCGCGCGCGCGAUCCUCAGUUCAGUUUACACGCUCUGUGGUUCUUCGUUCGAGAUCGGAGGACUUGCUCCAUUCCUCUCUUACUGCUACGCUGCGACGGGCCGUACGCUCGUCCGCGAGAUUGCGAUCCGCAAGCUCCGCGGACAGGACUCGACGCACAUCUUUGAGGAGAUGCAGACGAUUCUGAUCGUGCUUGACGAGUUCAACACCCCGCUCGGCGCAACAACCGCCGAGACCCUACGAUCGCUGCUCGCGAUGCCUGAGCUGUGCCUACCCCAUCGACCUCGCUACGCCAAAGAAGACGAGCUCGACAACAUCGACGAGCCGCUCGGUCAUCCCGUCUUUGCGUCACCCUACAAGUUGCCAGCCCGUCUUGGUAAGGUACCCCUAAACGCGUGGGUCGGACCGGGAUACUCGGACGCUGCGAAGCCGAGUCCUUUGUGGCAGCAAUCGAUUCCAUCCUGGUCCGUCGACGCGCCCUUCUCACCCGACACCUUUGCGGACUUGUUGAGCCCCGAGAUCAGGCCUCUUCCGAGCACUUCGAACGUGCCGAUGAACGGGAUGGGUAACAUGGCCCAACUACCCAAUUCGAACGCAUCCGCAUCGGGGAACCCGACGAGAAGCAACGCCCCUGCUGCGCCUGCACCUGCUGUCGACUAUCUUGAGGCGUUGCUUCAGUCUGAAGCGAGUCGAGCCGAUGAGGUUCCAUCAAAACGAUUCGGACGAGGUUGGGCCGAGAAGAAGAAGGCCGUCUUCUUCGAUGAAACGACGAAUGGGAAUGGGAUGAUCGGUGGCAGCAAUGGUACCUAG